GCGGCAUAUGAGAAAGUGUGCCCCUAGGCAGUUACAGACAGCCUAGCGACUCCACUCUAUAUACUCUACGCAACUCUCAACGCCUAUCACGCCACGAUGUUCGUCCUACCCCCACCUCCCCCUCGCUAUACCGUCCCGGUAGCGUAUGCGGCUGGAGCAUCGAAUGGUAUGGCAGUUCCCAUAGUGGAAACAAAUAAUAUAAUCACCCAUCCGGAGAAGGGCUGCCCGCUUCAAGUCGGAGAAGGGACAUACCAACUACAGGACGACCUGCAUCUAGCUACCCCUCCCCCGCAUCCCUCUGAAGCGCCGAUCAUAAACCCGAAUCCACUCGCUACCGUCCCUAAUCCUCCGACGUCCGGCGUCAAGUUAUCAUUGAUUAGCCUUGGACUUCGAAAUAAGACCGCUUUCCCGUCGAAAGUGCAAGUCACUGCACGACCAUUCGGAGAUGGAAAUAGUGCUUUGGCGGCUGCCCCUGUCAAGGACCCCUCCAAGAAGCGAAAACCCAAGAACAACAUCAUCAAGAGCAGUUCAUCGUUUGUAUCUCGGGUUAUUAUCCAUGAGGCAACGACGAAGCGCUUAAAUGACCGAGAUCCAGAAGGACUGUUCGCGUUUGCGAACAUCAAUCGCGCGUUUCAAUGGCUGGACCUCAGUUCAAAGCAUAAAGACGAACCAUUGUCGAAGAUUCUUUUCACCAAGGCACAUAUGAUAAGCCACGAUGUCAAUGAAAUAACCAAAAGCUCGGCGCAUAUUGAUGUGAUCAUGGGAUCAUCGGCCGGAGACAUCUUUUGGUAUGAGCCCAUAUCUCAGAAGUACGCGCGGAUCAACAAGAACGGAAUUAUCAAUAGUUCUCCAGUAACACAUAUUAAAUGGAUCCCGGGUUCAGAAAACUUCUUCAUAGCGGCUCAUGAAAAUGGGCAGUUAGUGGUGUACGACAAGGAGAAGGAAGAUGCUCUUUUUAUCCCAGAACUGCCCGAACAAUCAGCAGAAUCUGUGAAACCAUCUCGCUGGUCACUGCAGGUAUUGAAAUCAGUCAACUCUAAAAACCAGAAGGCCAAUCCGGUCGCGGUCUGGAGGUUAGCCAACCAGAAGAUAACUCAAUUUGCUUUUUCCCCGGACCACAGACAUCUAGCUGUAGUCUUGGAAGAUGGGACGUUACGGCUGAUGGACUAUCUUCAGGAAGAAGUCUUGGAUGUUUUCCGAAGUUACUAUGGCGGGUUUACUUGCGUUUGUUGGUCUCCAGACGGAAAGUAUAUUGUCACUGGUGGCCAAGAUGACUUGGUAACAAUAUGGUCUCUACCGGAGCGCAAGAUCAUUGCACGGUGUCAAGGCCACGACUCGUGGGUUUCUGCCGUCGCGUUUGACCCCUGGCGAUGUGAUGAGCGGACAUACAGAAUUGGCAGCGUCGGUGAUGAUUGUAACCUACUGCUUUGGGACUUUAGCGUGGGUAUGCUGCACCGCCCAAAAGUGCAUCAUCAAACCAGCGCUCGCCAUCGAACAAGCCUAAUUGCGCCAAGCUCACAACAACCAAACCGCCAUAGAGCUGAUAGCUCGGGAAACCGAAUGAGGUCGGAUUCUCAGCGAACCGCCGCGGACAGCGAGUCUGCUCCCGAUCAACCUGUUCAACAUCCCGUCGAGUCCAGAGCACGCACGGCAUUAUUGCCGCCGAUUAUGUCCAAAGCUGUCGGUGAAGACCCGAUCUGUUGGCUCGGCUUCCAAGAGGAUACAAUCAUGACAUCUUCUCUAGAAGGCCACAUUCGUACUUGGGAUCGUCCUCGAGAAAAUAUCAGUGACAACUAUGGGGAUCAGAAGUCGUCCGAGACCCUCGGAACCGGUAAGGAAGCAGGCCACCCGGCAUCGUCUAUGGGAUCACUUUGA